UUUAUCCCUCGGGGGGUGUGGGGUCGAGGGAAAUGAAUAUGUAUGCUCCCACUCCGAACAUUGCCGAAGCAGCAGCAAUUCAGCAAAGAGGUCUCUCCUCCGCCCGCCCCGAUCCUUCCAAGCGGCGCUACACCUCCAUAACCACCUCGUUUUGCCGUCUAUAUCUCUGCAAUUGAAGCAUUGUUCACAAGUCUUAAGCUUUUCUCUUCUUCCCUGCUAUGGGAUAUAUCCGCUCCUCCGGCAUCACUCUGCAUCUCGUACAAAAAUCCCAUAAAACAAAACCCUAGUACCCACCUUCGCCACUAAAUGAUCACAACCACGCAGCUGUCUAAGACUAACAAAUAGGAGAAAAGGAUCGAAGAUGACACAACCAUCGGUUGUGCUUGCAACAGCUAGCUAUGAUCACACUAUUCGGUUUUGGGAAGCGAAGAGUGCCCGCUGUUUUCGGACUAUCCAAUACCCUGAAUCACAAGUCAACCGGCUUGAGAUUACCCCAGACAAGCAUUUCCUGGCUGCAGCAGGCAACCCUCACAUUCGAUUGUUUGACAUCAAUUCAGACCGUCCUCAGCCUAUACAAAGCUUUGAUUCACACACUAACAAUGUUAUGGCAGUUGGAUUCCAAUGUGAUGGAAAUUGGAUGUAUUCUGGUUCUGAAGAUGGCACAGUAAAGAUUUGGGAUUUGAGGGCACCGGGUUUUCAGAGGGAAUAUGAAAGUCGUGCAGCGGUCAACACAGUUGUUUUGCACCCAAAUCAGACUGAGCUGAUAUCUGGUGACCAGAAUGGAAAUAUUCGAGUUUGGGACUUGACAGCUAAUUCAUGCAGCUGUGAAUUGGUUCCAGAGGUGGAUACCGCAGUCAGGUCUUUGACUGUAAUGUGGGAUGGAAGCUUGGUUGUGGCUGCAAAUAAUCAUGGAACAUGUUAUGUUUGGCGUCUAUUGCAGGGAACCCAGACUAUGACCAACUUUGAGCCCCUUCAUAAAUUACAAGCACAUGAUGGAUACAUCCUCAAAUGUCUCCUUUCCCCGGAGUUGAGUGAGCCUCACCGGUAUCUGGCCACAGCAUCUUCUGAUCAUACUGUCAAGAUAUGGAAUGUGGAUGGAUUUACCUUGGAGAAAACUCUCAUAGGACAUGAACGCUGGGUCUGGGACUGUGUUUUCUCUGUCGAUGGUGCUUUUCUAAUCACAGCUUCUUCCGACACAACAGCGAGAUUAUGGUCCGUGUCUGGUGGCAAAGAAAUCAAAGUAUACCAGGGACAUCACAAGGCAGCUGUGUGUUGCGCUCUCCAUGACGGGCCCGAACCCUCUAGCUAGCUAGCUCAUCCAUCAAUUAUGUGGUUUUCAGAUGAUUUGGUAAACUGGCAAAGAAUAUUUUGUCCAUGUCAACCAGCAAGAUAAUGGGCCUGACUGAACUAAACCCUCUUUGAUUCUUGGAAGUAUUCUUUAAUCUUACAGGUACCUGGAGCCUGGAGGGGUGUUUUACACUUGUACUUGUGCAGUAUGCUCAUCAACUUUCUAUACUAGUUUUCAGAUCAUUGCUUGAUUUCUAGAGUUUUAUUUCGUCGUACGAGCACGACUUAAAAGAGAUGAUUCUAGAUUCAUUAAUCUCCUUGUAAGCAUGGUUAAGGAAUAAAAUCAAUUUCUUGAA